AGCCACCUCGCAAUCACCAAAUAAAAACUUACGAACUGAGUGAGACCUGGAACAAACAAUAAUGUUUUUUGGUUUGAGCUAAUGAUACUAAGUAAUGGUAUUACAGUAAUGGGCCUUAGCUCCAAGCUCUUUUUAAGUUUAUAAUUUGGGCUUUCUGGUACAUGCAUCUUAGCCAUAAUUUGUUUUGCGACUUCGAUUUCAAAGAUACUACCACGAGAACAAUACAUAAAUAAUAGUAAUACAGUGACAGUAAUUUCAGUAACAGUAAAAUCAUGUCAGACAGUGAGACCAGGGUGCAUUUUCGAGUUAUUAGAUAUAUUCAUGAAGCUAGUAAGUAUUUGGGGUAGUUUAUUUCAGUUAAAAUAAUUUUACUAACAUAUAGUUCAUUCAGUUAUCUUUCAUUUGAUACCAAAUUUGGUCUUCCCACUCUUGAAACCCAGAUCUGAAUAGCCCCAGCCUUAAAAAUUAUUACUAUUAUUACUUUAGUCAGGCAAAUAUAUAUAUAUAGUUGUUUGUAUGAGCCUUUUUCAGCAAAACGGUAACUAUCCACCAAUAAUGUUGACUUAUGGUGUGGAGAUAUUGAUGCUCAUCAGCCAUAACCAGCUAAUUUAGAGUUUAGAUCUGUGAUUUUCCAAAUUUCCAUCAAGAUUUCACAGCAGUGAAGGAUGCCAAAAGUACUGCCAUCUCCCAUACAAGUUUUACCCUUCUGUGGCAAUUGUGGGAAGGGUUCUCUGCUGCCUCAUGACUUCAGAGGCUAAAACUCCUUGCAUUAAAUGAGUGAGAGAGGUGACUAACAAGCACUUGAUUAGGAAAAGUUGUGUGCAGUUAGUCCCAGGCUGCAAUUUUUUCUAUUUAUAAUGAGAUGGGGCAUUCACUAUCAGCUUCAAAAUAUUUGCUCCACCUGGGUGACACUAACCAUAUCUUACAAGUUGCUAUAUCUAGAGAAGAAUCGUUAACCUUGGACUGCAACUCAUCUAAGAGAAGGCAAACUCUGAAAUAAAACCUGAAGAUGGAGUCCCAUAGGAGGUAUGACAUUGACACAAUGAAAAUUCUGAAGAGACGUGGAUCGCAUAAAGAACACAGUGAGACAAAAGAAAUAGUGCGGUCAUCUACUGUAUCUUGGUCUAUUUCCAGUGGUCUUGACAAAAUAUUGCCAUUGGAACAACUAGGCAAGUAAAAGAGAGUGAGGCGGAUGAACUGAGCAACUGUCCCUCACUUUCAGCAAAAUAUAGCUCAAAUCAAGCGUACUACUCAAGUCAAAGCCUCAGUCAUCUUUGCAUGCAAAUAAUGAACAAUACAACUUCAUCUAUCAUCCAUGCUUGAAUGAAAAACUUAGACUUAGCACAGCUGAAGCAGCAUUUCAUUAGCCUUUGUGUGGAGGUACACUUCCUGGUAAGUCUGGAUACACAGACAGCUAGGCAUCCUGGGGGGAGCAAGGAUAAUAAGUUGACAAAAUGCUUGGGUGCAAUGAUGCGGCUUUGCUUAACUCUGCUGCUAACUGGGAAGGUGUGUGAGAUGGCAUCAGCAGUUAAGGAAGGAAGCCAAUUUUUGCAGGACCAGGAAAGUCCACUCCAUCUAACCAAGUCAAAUGUCCUCAUCAUUGUUGCAAAAAAGGCAACAGCUGUUCACAGCGGUCAACACUUGCCCUUGCUCUUGUGUUGUUGUUUUUGAACUAUUAAUGAACUAAAUAAAAACGCAACAACAAAUUAUUUUAGUAUUGGAAAAAGGUUUGUAAACUACUAAGCAUGACCAUGCCCACAGCUUGGUGUUUAUAAAUGUAAUUAGAAGUUUCGCAAUACCCAUAGAAGUAUUGCUACUAGUAUGUCGUAGGAAAUAGCUUUUUGGGUGUCGGUUAGAUUAAGGAAAAAAGGUAUGUUGUAGCUUGAAAUGUAAAAAACUACAAGUAUGUAGCAGUACUACUAAUUUAAGUAGUGUGACUUUCAGUCAUUUUUAUAUAUUAUAUAUUAUCGUUGAUAGUUUGAAUUUAAUAAAGGCUAAACUAAAUUUACAAGGUUUCCAUAUUAAAGUUACUCCACUGGCCCUAAUAGAAGAAAUCUCUUUUGAAAUUUGUUAUGGAUCAGGUUGUUAAAUUUAUCCUCUCAAAUUAAUAAGCAUUAAAUACAAGUAAUCAAGCUUUGAUGGUAUCUUAAUUGCAAUAUUUCAAUUAUUUAGUAGUUUCUGUUAAAAGCAUCUAUUGAUAUUGUAUAUUGAAGUUCAUCCCAAAAAAAUUUCUUGUAUUAUUACAGGUAUUAAACUUCAUCUACAAAGCAUUCCUAUUGCAACAGCCUCAACAAUUUAUCAUAAAUUCUUUCGAGAAAAUAAGUUGAAAGAUUAUGAUCCAUUUGUAAGUAACUUAAAUUAAAAAAACUCAAAGAAAUGAUUAUUGUGGAGGACACAGUUUAUUUAGGGGUCUUCAGUUUAAAAGCAAAAAUAUGGCCAUAAAGAUUCUAUCUUUUGAGAGAUGUAAAUUUUAAUCAAUUUGAAGAUUAUUAUUUUUUUCAGAAUGUCUUACAUUAUUUAAUUUUUGUUUGUAGUUAUCUUUUCACUUUUCACUAUCACAGGUUUUUUCCUUUUUCAUCAUUGUUGGUUCCAAGAUAUGUCACUUGUCAUCGGUGUAUACAUACAGCACAAUUUUACAUGAGAACCAAUAUUUUCUAUAAAAAAUGGUUACUUUUUUAAUAAUUUAGGCUUUCGUAUAUCAAGUUUAUCAUUCUUUACUUAGUAUCAUUAUUAAUUACCUUCAUUGACAGCUUAUUGGUGCGACAUGCCUCUCACUGGCAUGUAAGAUAGAAGAAGAAAAUGUCAGAAUGAGGGAUAUAGUCAAUGUUUGUUACAGGUGAGCUAUGUAAAAUGAACUGAUUUGUAUUUUAUCUUUUGUUUAAAAUGGCAUGCAUUUCUUUGAAUUUGAUAGCCUUAUAAUGGUAAUUAAAUCAAAUGUAGAUUAAAUACAAAAUAUUUAGAUCUCCAAAAUUGAUACAUUCCAGUUUGGGAUGGUAUGGUUGUUAUUUUGAUCAAUGAGCUUUUUCAACAUUGUAGUUUCAUUACCCAUGAGUAAUUAAAAAGAUUAGACUGCAAUAUCUCUCGAAUUGUGAAGCACAUAAUAUGUGAAAGCUUGGGAAAAAAAGACAUCUGCUUCAUCAAAUCUAAAAGGACUACUAAAAAAGUAAAUUUGAUAAAAACCUUAGCUAAUAUAAAUAUGGAAUACUUUGGCAUAAAUUUCAAGAACUUAAAAUAAUUCAAGAAUUAUGGGUUCGGAAAAUAGAAACUAUACUUUGAAAAAGAUCAAAAGACUUCUUUUUUCUGUCGUUAAUGUGUGUCAGAAUUAUGUUGUUUUUUUCUUCUUAUAAUUGUAUGUAUUAUUUAUUUUUUAACUUUACUUACAACACAGAACUCUUCAUAAAAACAAAGCUCCAUUGGAAAUAGGCGACACAUUCUGGGCUCUGAGGGAAAGUGUAGCUAGUUGUGAACUUUUUCUGUUAAGAGCUUUGCAAUUUAAGGUUGUCUUUGAUCAUCCCCACAAGGUAUAUUUUUUGCCAAGUAAUAUAGUAUAGGCUUUUCUCAUGAAUAAAACUUAAGACAAAAAAUAUUUUCCAUACAUCGUUGAUAGUUGCCUGGUUUGUUGAACAGAUGUCAUAAUUUAAAAAAUUAUGUUUUUGACUUAUUGUGAUUUUGAAGGAAAAAAAGUAAUAUGCGUCUUCAAAACAAGUUUAUGGUUAUCAGUUAUUAAUACUAAUUUUAUCUAAUCAAAUAAAUAUUGUUGUUUUUUCUUCAGUAUCUGUGUCACUACUUAAAAGCCAUAUCAGACUGGAUGGAACCUAGGCAAUGGGAAGAAAUUCCCAUACCUAGAACAUCAUGGGCGUUUCUAAGAGACAGCUACCACAAUGGCUUGUGUCUAGACUUUCAACCUGAACAUAUUGCUGUCUCAGUUUUGUACUUGGCCUUGCAGUGUCACGGACUGGAGAUUCCAUUUUACAAAUAUGCAAGGAAAAAGUGGUGGCAGGUUGGUGCAGUUCACUGUUGUGUCAUAUUUAAUUAUUGUGAAGAAGAAAGUAAUUCAACAAGUUCUUUUUGAAAAUUCACAUAAAGUAGUUUGUUUAUUAAAUGUAUUUUGACACUUGUUUGAUCACAGCACAUAUUAUUUAAUUUCUGUUAAGUUUCAACUUUCAUUAGUUUAUUUUUAUAUUUAAUCGCUUUAAAAAAAUUAUUUAGUUUUUAAUUUAAGCAGGGACAUAUGAUCAACACCUUCAUUAGCAUGGAAUCUUAAUAUACUGAGAAGAUAAUAGUGUUAAAUUUUUAUGUUGUGGAUUUAAAAUCAUAAAAAUUUUAUAAUCUUUCAAAAUCUGUUUUAUCUUUGCAGGUAUUCAGUAAAGAUAUAACUUUAGAAAUAAUCCAAACAAUUGUCACUAAAAUUCUGGACAUGUAUGACAUAGAAAAUCUACUGGCAAGAUAAUAUGAGUUGAAAAUGUCUGACCAUUGAAAACAGAAGAUUGGAAAAUAAAAUAAGUCACUUUGGAAAUGUAAUUUUUGUAAAAUAAGUAGUAGUCAAGUCUGCAACCAACUUUUCAAAAAUAAUUUAACUUCUUUCCUGGCGUGCUCAAAUCUCUUUAGGUCAAUAAACUUUGAUUCUGUACCAAUUGACUUGGUUCUAAUCCACUGGAAUAAACAUCCAAAGAUACAAUAACAUUUGGUAAAAGCUGUGACAAAGUCAUAAAUCCAUUGAACAAUUAAGUUACGAAUUUUAACUUAUUGCAAUUUUUUGAUGACUAAAAUGUUUCAUUUAUAUUUUUUUUAAAUAAAAUUUUUGAUUUGUACAUUUUUGUUUUAUUAGAAGUAAGAAUCUAAAUUCUGAUUUGUAUGUGCAUCACUAACUCUUUGGAGUUCAGUAUUUCCACAAAUGUAUUUUAAUUACUUCAGUGCUGGUAGUAGUUUCAUCUCACAUUCAUUUGACCUAAUUACAGUAGGUAGCUCUUUAUUUUUGUGUGGUCUAAAAAAUGACAUAUUCAUUUAUGCCCUAAGUUUUUUUGGGUGUCUGUCUGUACCCUAUUUAUGUUCUAAAUUAAACAUUUUAAAUUCAUUUAGUAUUAUUCUUUCUUUGCUUUUUUUAUUUGGGUUCUUUUUGUUUUUUUAAUGAUUAAUUGCCAUCACAUGAAAGCAAAAUCAAAAAUAAUAAAUUUAUAAUUGUCAUUUAACCAUUAUAAUGUUUGGUGAUAUCCUCCUGAGUAGGAAGAUCUCAAGUCAGAGGCAAUACAGAGUCAUUUCCCUAAAUUAAUAAGCUCAAUAGGAAACAUUGCCUAUGUAAUUAAGUUCAUUUAAAUCCUUGAUUGUUGAUAAUUUUAAAAAAUCAUUCCCAAAAACCCUAUGUAAAUAAAGAAGUAGCUUUUAUUGGAGGCAUAAUCAAAUUUAAAAUAAAUAACAAAUAAAAUACAUGUUAUUUCACUUUUUUUAUUGUGUUUGGAGUGUCCAUGGCAUAAUACUAUUUAAAGUUGAACACAAAUGAUGAACAAAAAAUGAAAGUUUUGGAAUAUAAGGAGCACUGAUGAUGUGGACACAUUUGUUGAUGCCAUCAACACAUAAAAUUUUUUGUUUUAUUUAAAGAUUUUAAUAAAAGCACAAGCUUGCAGUAAAUGUCUUACUGCUCAGAAGAAUAAGGCCUGUACAAUUGAUCAUGCAUACUUUUUUUUUUUUUUUGUUGUUG